AUGGGCGUUUGCUGCCCUUUUCUUCGACCCUGGGAUCGAGCUCGAGACCGAUUUCUCCUCAACAUUCCUUGUCUCUCAGAUCCUGUUCGAAGAUCUUCUCUGCUUCUGAAAUUGGCACUAGUAGCGUUACACCUUGUCUUCGUCGGCUUUCUCUUCUUUUUCGAUGAAGAGUUUAUUGAGAAAACUAAACGAGAUCCAUGGUACAUGGCUUCUUAUUUCUUGUUGUUCUCUGUCACGCUUCUUCAGUAUUUUAUAACUUCUGGCUCUUCUCCUGGGUAUGUUGUUGAUGCAAUGAGGGAUGUUUGCGAGGCAAAUGCAGUGUACGGAAACACUCCAGCGACGAUCUCGAUACAACAUGCUUCCAGAAAAAGUGAGAGCUUAGUUGUUACUGUGGAAGGAGAAUCAGCUUCAAAUGCAAGAAGGACUCCAGCUUCCCCUUGGGGGAAGUUGGUUUUGGACUUGUAUCCUCCAGGAACAUCCAUAAGAAAUUUGACAUGCAGCUAUUGUCAUGUGGAGCAGCUACCUAAUUCUGACGAAUCAAAGCACUUACGAACUUGUGAGGCGAAGACGUAUUCCGUACUUGAGUUACUUCAUGAAGCUGAUCGGUAUGUUCGUGUGAUACUAAAGUUGUUGAGGUUUGCAGGAAUAUUCCAGAACGAGUGCAUCCGUUUAGCAGAGGAAUUCGGAGGAACGUAUACAAUGUCUGUUGCGACAACUCUAAUCUAG